AUGUGGAUACACUUUACCCCCUAUCGCCGUGAGGAGAAACGAAAAAGCUCAGGCGCUAACACCCCACUUUGCAGUAAACACGUUCUCAACGCCCAAGUGGCCAUUCGGUCGCACUGCUGCCGCAAAUGGUUCGACUGUGCUGAAUGCCACCAAGAGCAGGAGACGCAUAUGCUUCAGAAGGCGCAAGAAAUGAUCUUCGCGUGCAAGAAGUGCAAGAAGUGUUUCCGCAAAGACGCCGCUGAAUUCGAAGAAAGCGACGAGUUUUGCCCUCACUGCGAUAACCACUUCGUCCUCGACGCUGUCACCCCGAAGGCCGACCUCAGAAUAGAGGGUGACGAUGCACGAAUGGACAGCCGAAUGCUCAAGGAUGACCGUGUUCGCGCGGAUCAAGAAAAGUCCAUCUUCAACUUCAAGGACCUCUCUGAUCGUAUGGGCUAA